CAGAGCUCUGCACAUCGCUGUGGUUCAGGGACAUGAGCUGAUGGUGCUGGCCCUCACUCACAUCCUGCAGCAGGGCAAGAGAGAUCUGGACACUUACAACAACCUGAGACAGACUCCUCUGCACUUGGCGGUGAUUACCCAUCAGCCCCAGCUGGUCGGUCACCUGGUUGGUCAGGGCGCCAGUGCGAUGCUGCUGGACCGGAACGGCCAGACUGCGAUCCACCUGGCCUGCGAACACAGCCAGCAAGACUGUCUGCAAGAGAUACUGGGCCAGAGCCAGGACAAACUGGACCUGGAGGCCAGGAACUACCAAGGCUUCACUCCUCUACACAUCGCUGUGAAUAACAAUGGAAAGGACUUGCUGGCCACGCUGCUGAGCAGAGGAGCCGACAUCGACGCUGUGGAUAUUAAAAGCGGGCGCAGCCCUCUCAUUCACGCAGUGGAAAACAACAGCCUGGGAAUGGUGAACUUCCUGAUCGAGCAUGGGGCCCAUGUGAAUGCUCAGAGCUACUCCGGUAACACCGCGCUGCACUCGGCCAGCGGCCGGGGGCUCCUGGACAUCACCAGGGUGCUGCUGAAGAACGGGGCCGACUGCGGCAUCAAGAACUACCACAACGACACGGCCCUCAUGGUGGCAAAGAACAAGAAGGUGAUUGACGCGCUGAGGGGGAAGGGGUCAAGGGUCGGAGCCAAUCCCAAACUCCCCGAGAUCACCGCGGAGCUCCUCGCCUCUCCACACGACAGCCGCAGCUCGUCGAGCUCGCCCACGCACACACACAACGGAAACUCAAUCCCAUCGCCUGGCCCCGCCCCUCGAUGCUCCCCAUUGGCUGCUCCUCCAGCUCAACACCAACACCACCUCCUGGCCCCGCCCCCUUCCUCCAGCCCUCUGCUAGCUCCUCCCCAGAGACCUCCAGCCAGCCAAUCCAGCGAGGGACAGCGGCUGUCGCCGGGCAGAGAUGAAAGCCACGUGCAAUGCCGGUCUUACCAGCCAGGGGGAGCUCUGAGCCCAGCAGCCUUGCCUAACUUCCACAGCUUCAGUAAUGGACCCCCUUUCAGUCCCGGGGUCCUGUACGCCAAACAGGGACACUACAGGAACCUGCCACAGGGAUAUUACCUGGAGGGGCCGUGCAUCCCCCACCCCACUGCCUUCCUCCAGCCCUACCUCCUCCCGUCUCCCGCAAGAGCGUCCAAUCACCCGCUCGCAGGGAUCUCUCUGGACCAAUCGCAGCCCUCCUUUGACUCCCAGAGCCCUGCGCCGCUCAAGACCCGCCCCUCCAGCAGGAGCAGUGACCAAUCGGACGUGUCUACCAUGAGCGUCAGCAGCGGGGGCAAAGGUGAAAGUUGACGACCCCCCCACCCCCCCCACUAAAACUCACUAAAACUAGCGUCUUCGAUCAUUAGACAUUGAGCCAUGCAGACAUGCGUGCCAGCUCUGGUGCCUUCUCAGCUGGAGGGAGAGGAUUCGCUGAAGGGGGGAGAGG